UGCAUCAAAAAAAGUGUCCAAAAUAAUUAAACCAUUUUGAAAAGUAUUUUUUUUUAAAUCUGUAUGAAUAAUUUCCAAGUCUCUCUUCCCUAGAAAGGUUACACUGAUGUUUCGAAAUUCAAAUUAUAGUUUAACAACGACAGAACUACUACUGGACGUAAUCCAGCUUCUGAAUGAUAACAGCUGCAAGCAAAACAGUGGCUGGGAGCCCGUGGACUGUCUUCUGAAAGAAACAUUUACAGGGGCCGAUACGCUCGAGUCGGAUGACAGACGGAAAGAAGCAGUUCCUGAAUCACUGAGUGUGUGCCUUCGGGCUUCUGUACCUCCUACCUGAUGGUAACAAUGAGAAGAGGACAUGUCGUGGCGUUUGGAAAAAUUUCUGGACGAGAAGAACUUCUUCACAAACAUUCUAGAGAAAAUUGAGAAGAAGACGGGUUUGCGCAAAUACCAUCUGGCCACAGGUUCAGUAUCGAUCCUUGGCCUUUAUCUUGUGUUUGGAUAUGGAGCAUCUCUCUUAUGUAAUUUGAUUGGUUUUGUGUAUCCAGCUUAUUUUUCAAUCAAGGCUAUUGAAAGUGCAGAUAAAGAAGAUGACACUAAGUGGUUGACGUAUUGGGUUGUAUAUGGAAUAUUCAGUGUUGCAGAAUUCUUCUCGGAUAUCUUCCUCUAUUGGUUUCCUUUUUAUUAUGUAGGCAAGUGUCUUUUCCUGCUGUGGUGCAUGGCACCAGUCAUGUGGAACGGUUCUCAGAUCAUCUAUAAGCGAAUUGUCCGCCCUCUGUUCCUGAAGCAUCAUGCCCAAGUGGAUAGUGCUGUUAAUGACCUCAGUAGCAAGGCUUUGGAUGCAGCAGAAUGCGUGACCAGAGAAGCACUUGAUAAAAGGCGAAAACAACUGAGGACCAUAAAAUAAACUGACUGCCUGCAAGAUGAAGCUAAUCCCACAAGAAAAGAGAAGACUUACUGUAAAUCUGGCAUAGAAGCAACAGUCUCUGAAAGGAAAAGAUUAUAGUUAGAUUUUCUAAGUAUGAUUUGACAUUUGAAUCUAAUAUAACCUACUUUUUUCUUUCAGAAGCAGACACUCUCAUUUUCAAGUAUUUUACUUUUCAAAUUCAAUAAAUUUUCUACUUGGUUUAUACAAUGUUCUUGUAGCAAAAGACUAAAGUUUUUUUUUGAAGCAACAAAGAAGAAUGGCCCCUCUUAUGGUCUAAACUGGAUUUAUACAUUGCAUUAUAAUAUACAGUUAAAAAUUACCACAUUGAUUUGUUUAACCCCAGAGGUGUAGUAGAUUUGUCAAAUGUUAACAUUCCACAAGCUCAAUUUUAGCACUAAUUGUCAGGAAAAAGACCUUUUGAUGUUGGUAUAAUUUCAUUUUUGCAUGGUACCCUGAAAAUGUUGAGUUGUACCUUACAAUAACACUUUCACUGGCGAUAGAUAAUAGAUAUCCUUUUUAAUUGGAUAUGAAGUGAACAGGAUGAAAUGGCUUGGUUUCAUUUUUGCUAGCUAAGUAGAUAUGUUGAAAGUGAUUUAUUCAUCCUGUGGUCCCACCUAAUAACUAAGAUUAAAAUAUUGAAUGUACUUUCCCAUCCGGUUCUACAUGCCAAGACAUUGGAUGGCUAACGGUGAACCAAUCUGUGCAUAGUAACUCCAUUUAAUUAUGAGGAAUUCUCAGUGAUAUUCUUCAGCUGACUUGUAUGUGAUUGUAUUUACUCAUGCCGAUAAUUUAAAACCCUGUCAUAUCCUGCAUUGUAGGCUGACUCAAUGAAAUUGUUCCCACUUUUUAAAAUUUGCCUAUGGAUCCAAAAAUGGAUAUUUCUGGAAAAAACUUUGUUUUGGGAUUUUAUAGACUGGAUAGUUAUGAACUUAGUACAUUUAUUCUGGCCUUUUAUUAACAUUUAGGUUUGAGUGUGAGUGGCAGAUGAACAUUAUUAUUUGUUUCCCUCCCCAUUACUAAAUGUGAAAAUGUAUCAAGCCAACUUUAGACCAUGUAACCUCAUCUCUAUUGCUAUUUAAAACCUUGCUGUUUCAUGAGGGGAGGUUUUGUUCAGUACUGGUGCGAGGAUGGGUUUGGUUGGUGAUGUAGGUCAUUUUUUAGGAUCAGCUCAAAAAGUUCAGUUACCCAAACUGUUGUAGCUGAAAGAAGCAUUACCUCCACAAUAAUGUGAUUUAGAAGGAGUGUUGGUGUCUGCACAAUUCCUUCAUAAUGUUUUACAUGGAGUGUGAGGUAUAAGAAAAUACUUUUAAAGUCAUAAUAUCGUAUGUUUAAAAAAAAAACCUAGUUAUUUAUUUCAAGUGAUUUCUAGCAACUACAGAUUCUCUCUUGUCAUUUAAUUCAAGGGAAUUUGUAGAUUGAACUGUACUGAGUGGGUGUCUCUUCAGGGCAUUUGCUUAACUUGCAGGCAAUCUUAAUGAGACUGCUGAGCCUUCGAGAGGUGUUAUUGGGAAAUGUAGAUUUUUAAUGUAAUGUUCUCACCAGCUGGUAUUCCAGUGGGAUGAGAAAUGGAGGCAAAAUGAUAUUGUGACUGGGGAGUGUGUGCAAGUUGUGUAUCAUUACAGUGCACUGAUAUCACAGUGGGACUGGAAACUGCUGUAGCAUUCCUGUAAAUUUUUUUGAAAACAUUUGAAUUGCUGAUUUUUCUCGUCAUAAGUACAUGUAUAUCUUUAGAAUAAAUAAAGCAUUUUUUGAUAAACAAUGGGAGGGGAGAGUUGGUCAACACAACUUUAUAUUUUAGGGCAGUCAAAUUUAAGUUCCAGAUGCUGAAUCAAAAGAGAAAACUGUGAGCCUCGGGUAGCAAAAAUGUACAAGUAUAAAUGUAAAGUGCAAUUCACUUAAGUGUUUUCCACACUGUUAAUGAUUGUAGAUUCCAAAGAAAUCUGUCGACCCUAAUUUCUGAAAGAGCUUGAAGGCAAUGCUUUGUUGCUCUAUCGAUCAAUAGGGUUGAAGUUUUAAUUAUUCAUGUGCACUGGAGUAAUACCUCUAUUUGUUAAAGUAAGAUCAAUUUUUAAAAAAGCAUUGUAUUUGAGUAAUUUAUUUUUUAAACUCUGGAAUAUAUUCAUUUACUUUGAUCUGAUGGUGCUAGAGUGGGGGAGGUACACUGGAGAUGUUGAUGUAUCUGUAAUCCAUGCUGAGCAGAAAAGAUACACCAGCAACUUUUCAGAAAAAAACGUUGUUUCUUUAUAUAGCUGAAACCCUGAUCCAUAAUCCUAAAUUAGAAAGAAAAAAUGGGUUAAAAGUAAUGCUAAAUUUAAAGUUUUAAUCCCUUAAUUAUAAGAGAAUGGGAAUUUUGGAAGAUGGAUUGCUUGUAUCACACUUGAGAGUUAUCCCAACUAAUUUUUUUUCUCCAAAAAUACUUUAUUCAGAAGUGUUACAAAAUAAAGUUAUA